CUUUUGAAAAUAAACAAACAAACAAAACAAGACGCAAUAUUUUCCAGAGAAAACAUGUUGUAAAAGUGUACCUAACUGAGAUUUUUUAAAUAGUUUUCCUAGUAUUGUUUUAAACGUAAAAGUGAAAAAUCAUUCCCACGGAAUGGCCGACGAGCCGCAGCCAUCGUCAUCAUGCACCCGGUCGGUUUGUCCGGUGUGCGACAAGCUGUUCCCCAUGGCCGACAUCGAAGCUCACGUUGAUCGGUGUUUGUUCCUGAACUCGAACGAUCCAACGGCUCCAGAAUCGACCACAAACGGGAAACAAGAAUUGACCGCCGCGAGGGAAGCGAAAAGAAGUUUCAGUAUUUUCAACAAAAGUCCUAGCGUGGGUGGGAAUAAACGACCCCGGAGGACAACAACGGACCAAAACGGGAACGGUGGCCAUAUGAGUGCGGAGGACAUAGAGAGGACGGUGAUUGACUUGUCGGACGAAGAGAAGGAAAAGGAACGGGACAAAGUUAAGCCGGAUAAGAAUAAGGCGAAGGUCGGGGAUGAAGAAGGAAGCAAUAUUCCGCUGGCGGAAAAGAUGAGACCGGACGAACUGAGUGACUACAUCGGACAGGAACAGAUUAUUGGGAAGAACACGGUUCUGAGGACGCUGUUCGAGAAAAAUACCAUUCCAAGUAUGAUCCUGUGGGGUCCUCCGGGUUGUGGUAAGACGACAUUGGCACACAUUAUUGCUGCACAUUGCAAGAAGCACGGAAGUAUGAAAUUCGUCAAACUAUCGGCCACUAUGAGUGGAGUAAAUGACGUCAAGGAAGCAGUGAAACUGGCCAAAAAUGACCUCGCCUUCAAGCGGAAGACGAUAAUGUUCAUGGAUGAGAUUCACCGGUUUAACAAGCUCCAGCAGGACAUCUUUCUCCCACACGUUGAAAGCGGAACCAUCACGUUGAUCGGAGCCACUACGGAGAAUCCUUCGUUCAGCUUGAACUCGGCCCUGUUGAGUCGCUGCCGGGUGAUUGUGCUGGAGAAGCUGGGCGUGGAAGCGGUCAUGAAGAUUCUGAAACGGGCACUUCCGCAGUACAAGACGGUGAUGUUCGAGAACAACAAUCGGGUGCCGGACAUCCGAGGUCUGCCGUUUGUGCCACGAAUGAUGAUCAGCGCAGAAACCAUUCGUUGGUUGGCAGAAAUUUGCGACGGAGACGCUCGGAUUGCACUGAACAGUCUACAGUUGGCUUUGAACACCGUUGCAGCUCGUCAAGACGAAGAAGAGUCAGCCCUGAAGCGAAUAUCGCUUGAUGAAAUCAAAGAAGGGAUCAAGAAAUCCCACCUGAUGUACGAUCGUAAAGGAGACCAGCACUACGAAUUGAUCUCAGCUCUGCAUAAAUCGAUCCGCGCCUCAGACGAUAAUGCAGCCCUCUAUUGGUGCUCCCGGAUGCUGGUUUCCGGGGAAGACCCUCGCUAUCUGGUGCGACGAAUGAUCCGUAUGGCCAGCGAAGACAUUGGCCUUGCGGACACUAACGCCCUGACGGUGGCCACUUCUACCUUGGCAGCGGUUCAAGCCGUCGGGAUGCCAGAAGCGGACUGUAUCAUAGCGCAUUGUGCCGUCUACCUGGCCCGAGCUCCCAAAAGCCGCGAAGUGUACAAUGCAUUCAAUCGGUGCAAGGCAUCGAUCGGACAGAACAAAGGCCCCAUGCCAAGUGUUCCUCUUCAUCUGAGAAACGCCACGACCAAACUGAUGAAGAGCCUGAAGUACGGAGCGGGAUACAAUUUGCAACACAAGGACGAAUCCGGCCUGCAGUACAUGCCAGAAGGGUUGGAGAAUGAGAAUUACUUUUCCGAAUGAGGGAUUUCUUUUGUGAUCAUUAUUCUUAAUAUGUUGAACUGGAAUUAAAAACUUGAUUUUCGUUA